CUUCUUUUUCAGCGUAAAAAGCAGGAACAGAGCAUAAACGUCGAGCGAAAAAGAGAGAGAGAUCUAGGAAAUGAUACGAUGAGAAAUGCGAAGAACAUAAGGAAGCUGAAGCUAGACUAAGAGAAGAAUAACGAAGCGCUUCUUCUUUCCAUGAAUCUUCGUUUCUCGACGAGCGGUAAUUUGCUAAAUAGGUUGUGAGAUCCUGAGACGAAGGAGUUUUUUGUACACAUACCCUUGUGGUCUGUUCGUAUUUGCUGAUAAAAAAAAAUGGAGGUUGUGGCAAAGAGUAACUCGAAACGUAUGUAUUCAUGGUGGUGGGAUAGUCACAAUACCCCCAAGAAUUCUAAAUGGCUUCAAGAGAAUCUUGCAGAUAUGGAUAGUAAUGUGAAGAAAAUGAUCAAGGUUCUUGAAGAAGAUGCAGAUUCCUUUGCUAGGCGAGCAGAGAUGUAUUACCGUAAACGUCCUGAGCUUAUGAAACUUGUUGAAGAGUUCUAUCGUGCGUAUCGCGCAUUAGCCGAGAGAUAUAAUCAUGCAACCGGCGUACUCCAUCACGCUCAUCAGACUAUAGCAGAAGCGUUCCCAAGCCAAGUGCCUUUGAUAUUUGGUGAUGAGUCACAUGUUGGUGCUUUGACAAAUGAUGUUGAUCCACACACGCCGGAUAUGCCUCCUCCUACUCGAGCUCGGCUUGGCCAGGAUGAGUUUCAAAACUAUGCUUUGAAGAGGAAUAUGGAUUUUAGUGAAGAGCCUCCUUUCAUGAGUAAUGGAAAAGCAAGAAAAGGACUGAACUUUAAUGAUGGAGAAGGAAAAGGAAGAAAUGUUCUCAAGGACCAAAUUCUUUCAGAAUCUGAAAGAGCUUGCAAAGCUGAGGCUGAAGUUUUGGCUCUAAAAGAUUCACUUUCUAGAAUGGAGGCUGAGAAAGAAGCUAGGUUAGCUCAGUUUGAGAAGAAUUUGGAGAGACUCUCAAAUCUAGAAUCUGAAAUAUCUCGUGCACAAGAAGACUCAAGAAGACUUAAUGACAGAAGCGCUAGUGCAGAAGCUGAAAUCCAAACCCUCAGAGAAACCAUUGGCAAGCUAGAGUCUGAAAAAGAAUCCAGCCUUCUGAGGUAUCAGCAAUGCCUGGAAAAGAUAGCUGAUUUGGAAGAUGGAAUCUCUGUAGUCCAUAAGGAUGCUGGAGAAAUAAACGAGCGAGCCAACAAAGCUGAAGCUGAAACUCUCGCCUUGAAGCAGAGCCUUGCUAAAGCUGAAACUGACAAGGAAGCUGCUCUUAUCCAAUACAGGGAUUGCUUGAAAACGGUAGCUAACCUAGAAGAGAGACUGAGGAAGGCUGAGGAAGAUUCAAGGCUUAUCAAUGAGCGGGCUGAAAAUGCUGGGGUAGAAGUUGAAAACUUGAAGCAAAAGAUCUCGAAAUUGAUCGAGGAUAAGGAAGCUUCUCAACUUCAAUACCAAAAGUGCCUUAAUAUAAUUGCGGAUCUAAAACUCAAACUAUACCAUGCUCAAGAGGAAACACAAAGGCUUAGCAGCGAAUUACAGGAUGAAGUUGCUAAGUUGAAAUUUUCUGAGGAGAAAUGCAUUGUGCUUGAGAGAUCAAAUCAGAAUCUUCACUCUGAGCUGGAUGGUCUCUUGGAGAAACUAGGGAGUCAAAGUCAGAAGCUCACGGAGAAGCAAACAGAGCUGGUCAAAUUGUGGAGUAGUGUACAAGAAGAGCAUUUGCGUUUCCAAGAAGCUGAGACCGCGUUUCAAACGCUACAGCAAUUGCACUAUCAGUCUCAAGAGGAGCUAAAUAAUUUGGCUGUGGAACUUCAAACCAGGUCUCGAAUCAUGAAUGACAUGGAGAUCCGAAACAGUGAGCUGCAUGAGGAAAUUCAGCAAGCCAAGGUUGAGAACAAAGGUCUCAGUGAGCUCAAUCUCUCUUCGGUAGUAUCAAUUAAAAGUUUGCAAGAGGAUGUCUCAAGUUUAAAGGAAACAAUAAGAAAACUUGAAGCAGAAGUUGAACUAAGAGUGGACCAGAGAAAUGCUCUGCAGCAAGAAAUAUAUUGUCUUAAAGAGGAAUUAAGUCAGGUAGGCAAGAAACACCAGUUGGUUGAGUUGCAGGAGGAAAACUCGACCUUAAAAGAGUGCAAUGAGAUUGAAAAAAGCGAAAAUAUGGCUUUUCUAGAGAAGCUGGAAACUAUGGAAACACUUGUUCAGAAAAACCUUGUGUUGGAAAACUCUAUAUCAGAUUUGAAUUUUGGGUUGGAAGCAAUCAAGGGAAAGCUGAGCAUGUUGAGGGAAGCUUGUCAGUCACUCUCAGAAGAGAAAUCAGGUCUUAUUUCUGAGAGCCAACAAACCGCCAUUGAGAACAUCGUCCUUGUUGAAUUUCUUCGACAACUCAAUUCAGAAGCAGUUGGUAUAGCAACAGAGAAGAAGAACCUUGAGGGUAAGGCAAGGAAGACUGGUGCUAAGUUAAUAGAUGCAGAAACUGAGAAUUUGCAGUUGAAGAGAAACCUGCUUUCUGUAAGAUCAGCCAAAGAUCAUUUAGAAGAUGAGGUCGCUAAUGUGAAGGAUCAGUUACGUGAGAAGCAGAAGGAACUUGAAAAAAUCAAAGUUGAGAAAGAAAUGUUGAAUCAAGAGGUUUUUAAAGAGAGGAGUCAAACUGAAUUGUGGGAGUCCCAAGCUGCAACAUUCUUCUGCGAUAAGCAGAUCUCGGUUGUACAUGAAACAUUGAUUGAAGCGAUGACUCAUGAGCUAGCUGAAGCCUACAACAAUCUUGAAAAGCUUAAAAGCAGCCAAGCCUUAGUCUUGUUGAAUGAAAGCAUUAAAUCUUUGGAGGAUUAUGUUUCCGUGUGCCGUGGAUCUGUGGAUGAACUUUCAAAGGGCGAUGGUUCAAUGGAUGAAUUCCCCAAGUUGGAAGAUAUGUGUUUGAGAAUCAAAGCCAUUGCAGAGGCAGUAAUGGAAAAGGAAAAGUUUUUGAUGCUUGAGAACUCGAAUACCAACUCUAUGCUCGAGGCAGCAUUGAAACAAGUCAAAGAACUGAAAAACGGCGGCGGAAGAAGCAUGAGGAAGCAAGAAGGUGGCAAAAUGCGGAAGCAGAGUCACGAAAUGGAGAUAAUAACGAAAGAUAUCGUUCUUGAUCAAACCUCCGAUGGAUCACCAUACGAGAUCAUAAGUAAGAAAGGCACUUUGGAGUUAGAUGGUCACAGUUUCUUUGAGUUAAAGCCGGUGAAGACUCAUCACAAGACAGAAACCGCGGUUAGAGCGAAAGGUAAAUCUUUGUCUGAAGAGUCAUUUGUCGUCGAUAAAUUAGAGAUUUUCGACGGAUUCAUGGAUCCGAUCAGAGAAGUAAACAAGAGGAAAAUUCUAGAAAGACUUGAUUCGGAUUUACGGAAGCUGGAGAAUCUUCAGAUCACUGUAGAAGAUUUGAGAAACAAAGUCGAAACAGAAGAGAAGGACAAGAAGAAAGUUGGAGGUGAAGAGUAUGAAACGAUCAGAGGACAGCUGGAAGAAGCAGAUGAAGCAAUAGAGAAACUGUUUAACGUCAAUCGAAAGCUGACCACAAAAGCCGAAUCAGAGGAGGAGAGUAGUCGAAGAAGGAGAAUAUCGGAACAGGCGAGAAGAGGUUCAGAGAAGAUUGGGAGGUUACAGUUGGAGAUACAGAGGAUUCAGUUUCUGUUGAUGAAACUUGAAGGAGAGAAAGAGAAACGAACUAGGUCGAAGAUUUCAGAUACCAAUUCUAAAGUUCUUCUUAGGGAUUAUAUCUAUGGUGGAACGAGAAGCAUAUCGAUGAAGAAGAAGACUAAGAAACGGUCUACGUUUUGUGGUUGCGUUCAGCAGCCGCGGUCUCCUUAAACGUUGUUGCAAACUGUUGUUACUUCACUCGCAAGUAACAAUACAUUCAUGUGAAUGUGGAAUCAAAGUUAAAUUUAACAGUGUUUGCGAUUAUGUUUCUGAACGCAGUAGUAGUGCGUUUAAAUAACAGACUGUAGCUUUUCAACGCUUUGUUUCUUGAUGAAAAUAUAACUCUCUUUAGCA